GCCCUCCCUCCCUCACCCUGCGCCGCCGGACAUGCCAACAAACAGCUCAUUGAGCCUGGGGCGGGGCCUGAGAGACAACAAUACCCCCAGCAGGCUGGGGCAGUGAGCUCAGCUGGGGGUGGGGGCUGCAAGGAGGCCGGAGGGUAAUGAUCUCAGCCUAGGGAGGGUUGGCCCUCGAACCAAGCUGGCCUCCUCCCGUGGUUGAGAAGGGCUGACCUGGGUGGCCUCGGCUUGGCUUCUCCACCCCUGGCCAAGCUGGGAAAGGAUCAGCACUUCCCAUGAUGAAACUGCCCUGCUCUGGGUGCCAGCAGGUGCAGCAGUCUGGCCAUGGCAGCGAGCAAGACCAUCCCAGACCCAAGCAGCUGGUGGACCCUUCCUCCAGCUGUAACAGUAGAAAAUCCUCAGUGGGGUCCUGGCCAAACCUCCAAAACUGCUAGUCCACACUGACCUCAACAGGACUUUCAGAUGAGAAAACUGAGGUGUAGAUUUGGAGUAAAGUUAUAAGCCCAAGGUGGCUAGGAUAUGCCGAAAGCCAGGUCCCAGUCAACAGCCUGACAUGGAGGGUGCGAGCAGCGGCAGAUGGAGAGUAGCGCUGCCGGGGCGCAUCUGCGGGGAGCGGCGGCAUCGAUCCUGGCCCCCCUCUGAAACUGUGCGUCCCGGUCCUUUCUGCCAGCCCACUCCCGACGGAGGCCAGGGUCCGAGGACUGCGGCGCCUGGGCGGCUAGGGUGGCUGACUCCCUUGCCCUGCCCCCUCCUGGCCGCGCCCCCACGGCUGCCAGGCCCUGCCAGCCCCACUGCCCCAGUUGGCACGCGGCGGGCCGGGCUGACGCGUGGCAGCGCCCUGCGGCAGAUGAGGCACGCGCCGGCCUCAUUUCAAUGUGAAUGGAUCGAAUGGAGCAGCCAUGUGGCAGCAACAGUUUGCAAAUCUCCCCGCCUUCUGUGCAGUUCCCCGGCCGCUGCUCCCUGCACGUGGCCCCUUCUCCGCAGCAACCACAGCGGCGCCCCUCAAGGCUUAGGCGCCCCGCCCCAGCCAGGCCUGCUUCCCCGCCUCCAGCCUGCCCAGCGGGUGCUGCGGCCCGGACUCCGCCGCGCUUCUGCCGGGUGCAGUGUGCCGGGUCCAGAGCGCGGUUCCCAGAGAGCGAUCGCGGGAUGCAGCGGCGGUGCGCGCCUCGCUCUGGGGAUGACUCCGGCUGCGUGGAAAGGAAGGGGUCCUGGGGGUCCUGAGACUCCGUGCGGCUUCUGUCGAACCCCCAAUAACCCAGGGUUCAUCAGAGGGUAGGGGUGGGAGGCAACCGUGGCUUUUCACGGCCACAGGCGCUGGUUGGGCCUGCUAGGUGGAACUGUGUGCGAGGGCCAAGCCAAGGGAAUAGCAGAAGCAGAGGCCUCCGGGGACACUGGCUGUGGUCCUUGUAGGAGCCCAAGCUUCCAUCAUACUCCUGGAACCAAGGAAAGUUUCUGGGCAGCAGGAGCCCAGGUUGGUCAGGCCCUCGGUCUACACUCAUUCUAGAGCAAUGUCCAGCGUCUCCCUCAGGAGACUUUGAUGGGUUUCGCCUCCCAAGGUGCUCUGCAGCCUCCUGUCACUCCACAGCCUCCUGCUCCUUUCAGCUCACACAACGUGUGAUGUGCGUUACAUUUUUUGCCCUCAAGUCACAUUUGGGAGGAAUCCCAGCUGUGAGGCCUCCAUGGACAUUAGGGCCCUCCUACUGGGAUGCCUUGCCCAUAGUGGGACCCUCUCCAGAUUAGCAAACAUAGGGACCCAGGAACAGGGUGGCAUCCUGGCCAGGAAAUGAGCUUCUGGGAUGGUGUCCCCAGCAAACAGGUGCUUCUGAGAAUUUAACUCUUUCUUCGCUGCAUCAGGGGCUUUCUACAUCUCUAGGAUCCCUUGCAUUGACUGUGAAGAUAAUAAUGAUCUCUUGUUUGUUCCUUGGUCAUUUGCAAAGCACUCUGGACACCUCAGUCAGGGUAAGGUAGAGACUAGUUUCAGGUCUACCAGUGUUAAUACCAGAGAUGCAUGGUGGGGGUAGGUGUCUCUCCUGAGAGUCAGGCAGGUGCUGGUGCCAGGAAAAAGGCAUGUUUUAUGAACUCCCAGGCCAGGAUUUGGGGGUGGGAACCCACAGAGUUUGAUGGGGCUGGAUGCCAGCUCAAGGAGAGCAAGGAGCCCCUCUGGCAUCCUAGGCAGGUCCAUAGGAUGUGUGCGGGGAGGACCUGGAAGUCCACUUGCCAGGAUAGCCCGGAGGCACGCCUCGGGCCCCCCCUCGGGCCUGGGACUCCGCCAGCCCAUAACCUACAUUAACUCCGAGCGCAGCCUGGGCCCAUCUGCCAGCCCCCGCCCCACUUCGGUUCCCCACGCCAACCCGCUCGCGCCAGAUGGUGGCUGGGAGGGGUGGCCGUGCGUGGGGGACCCCGGAGCCCGGUUCCUCACCUCACCCCUCCCCCAACCCACGCUCUCAACCUCUUGUUUCUUAUCCCCCCCAAUCCACCACUACCACCCAAGUCAAAAAAUCAGACCAUGCUUGGCAUUGGCAGCUGUUGGGCUCCGCGCCCCACCCCCGCGGCCUCCCCGGGGCCCGCACCGCGUCCCCGCUCCUCUUGCACUGAUCUUAUCGUCCAGCAACAGCCAUCAUUGCGCGCGCGGCUGACAGCUGAAGCCACAGGGCCCAGCCUCCCGCCGCGUUACAGAGCUAGAUUCCCGGGCACCCCCGAGACUGGGCGAAGCUGGCCCUCGUCAGUCCGCGGCCUCCAGGGAUCGAGCUGGGUUCCGGGAAGGCAGCUGCGCCCUGGCGCGCGGAGCAGGGAGGCCACCCGGAGAGCAAGCGGGCGAGACAAGAAGCCGCCCGAAACCCAACUCCUGCGGCUGCAGUUCCAUCCCGCAGCCUUCCUGUGAGGGCUGGAGCUGCCGGGCCUCAGCCCCCAUCCGGACAAUCCAGUGGCCCGAAGGCAACUCUGGAGUCAGGAGAGUUCCUCCCUCUCCGAGCGAAGCGACAGGACGCUGGCGGGGGUUAGGGAGUACAGGGGGGCAGGGUGCGCGAGGGAGCUGAAGCAAGACCAGGUGAGCAGCCUCUGAAGGAGGGGCCAGAGCCUCAUUACCAUACAGCUGAAGACGCGCCCUCGCCUACCUCGGGGGCCACGCCCCGCCUCCCCUACCCGGGGGACAGCAAGUCCCGGCGCUGGCACGAGCGGAGUCAGGCUGGGGUCUGGGCGGGAGGAGUAGGCACGCGCUGGGCACGCCCCUCAGGCGAAGGGAGACGCCCACCAGGUGCAGGGAGCGCUACCCGGGUCCCUCACGCUCCGCCCGCUGCCUGCGCCGAGCGGCCGCGUAGAGGUUAAUGCGCCUUUCGCUGGCUUCCACGCUGCGCUGAGGACGCGUGGUGGGUGGGCGAUCCUAGGCUGGAAGUCAACGGGGCGAGGUCUCCCAAAGCUCCUAGUAGAUCCGUGUCCUAUGACCCUAGUUUUAGCUUUCGGGGUUUGAAUUCUUUGCACCUGCUGGAGGACCGCAGGUAACAGCACCCGCCGCGGAUGCACCGCCUACGGGGACUCCCCGGUGUCACCACCAGGACCACCCGGGAACGGCCCGCUCACCUCCUGCCCCAUCUCCUGGCCGCCCCCCUGUCCUCGGGCAACUGGGGUCUCAGCCCUUAACCAGGCGAUCACUGUGGGCUCGUCACUUCGGCCCGCGCAGGGCUGGGGGUUCGGGGGCU